UUCGUGUUUUUUCCGCGCCAAAACGAAACUCACCACACGCUGACACACACAGACUGUUUCAAAGUCACACACACUAGUGCAGCCUAACCAAACUAUGGUGCGCGCGUGCUAAUAUAUAAGAAAAACCUAUUACCAAAAAAUAAAACUCACCACAUACUAAUACACGCAAGGCGAACUGUUCCCAAGCCACAAUUACUACUGCAACUUAACCAAACUUUAGUGCAAGUGUGCUAAUAAAACGAGAAAAAUGCCUUCAAAUGCUGCUGCUGGCCGCCUGAGCAGUGAUGACUACCUCUCUUCACCGAGCCCAACUCAGGGUAAAGCCAGCAAAAACAAAAUUACUGUGAUUGCUGACGUUCACUUGCCAACUUUGGAGCUAAAUAAAGACAAAGUAGUUGACGUAUGUAACAAAUCCAUGACUUUCAUCUGUGGAAACAACAACAAACCCGAUGAACAGCUCACUGUGGAUGCUAUUAACUCUAACAACUAUGAACCAAAUAAUCAUACUUUAUCUACCCAUAGUCAUAAAACUAAUCUUAACGGAGUUGCUCCUGCGUCCAAGCCUGGACCAAAGUGCAGCAAACGGAAGCAGCCCACUCUCUCGCUUGUCAGCAAAAAGCGUACCAGGUCCAUUUCGGCGGCUGAACUAAUGGAGUCUGCUAAUCCAUCUGUUGAGCCAUUUAUUAAGCAUUCCCGUGCUGUUCCGGUAUCCAGCACCCCGUCUAAGGCGACGAGGGAAGUUAUGGACAUCUUUGAAGUAGCUGAGGAUAUGCCCUGCAGACAGAUUGAUGCCCAGAGUGUAACGGAAACGCCUAUUACCAUGGCCAGCGUACAGGAAGACAGCCUGGCCCCCUGCCAGACAAUCCAAGGCAAAAACCAGCAACCUCUUACGGAUCAUGGAGAUGCCCCUGUACCUGAGGAAAAAAUCCCUGCCAUAUUUUUACACAAUAUUUCUUCCAUCCAGCCACUAGUAGAGUCUCUUAAUACCAUCGAGGGACUUCGGAAUAAAUAUUCUUUAACCUGCUUAAAAGGAAACCGAAUUAAACUUUUGUGUAAGGAUUUACUUUCUUACCAACAGGUUUUGGCAAAAUUGGAGGCGGAGAAAUGCCAGACGCAUACCUUCCAGCGACGCUCGGAGCGUGGAUACAGGGUGGUAAUUAGGCAAAUCCACCACUCUACUCCCUGUGACCAGAUUCGCCGCCAGCUAACUGGUAUGGGCUUCUCUGUCCGGUAUAUCAGCAACAUUAAACAUCGACGUAGCCGGAAACCAUUGGACCUAUUUGAGGUUGAGCUAGCACCUGCUGCUGAUCAUGGAAAUGACAAGGUUCUCAGCAUCACUAGAUUGGGAAACCAAGUUGUGAAAGUUGAGCGACAGCUGAGGAGACUUGAACCCGCUAUGUGCCACCGCUGCCAGAAGUACGAACAUACAAAGGCAAACUGCCGCAGGGACUUUGUCUGCAUGAAAUGUGCGGGUCCGCAUGCUACUACAGAUUGCUCAGAAGUAAGGGUACCAAAUCCCAAGUGUGCCAACUGUGGAUUGGGCCAUGUCGCCAGUUACAAGGGCUGCGUGGAAUACAAAAAAGCGCAGGCCCGACUCUUGGCUCACCGUGCGCAUGUCGCCGUGGAUACGGUACCUCAAAAUAAUAAUAUGGAGCACAGGCGGCGGGAAACUCUCAGGGUAAACUCAGGUGGCACCAGGACAUACCCGGUAGAGUCUCCGCGAGUUCGUAACCCCCUCCACUGCACCCCCUCCAAAGCUACCUACAGUCAGAUACUCAAGAAAAAUCUGCAAAGGACGGUCCCUACGGAAAACCCCGCGGAAAAUCAUCUAAAAGUUUUUCAAGCCCGCCUACAGGCGGAACAGGGCAGCCUCAGGGAAAAUCCUUUUUCAACCCGUCCUAAAAAUUUUUCUCCCGGCAGGAAAAACAGUGCGAGGUCUCCCCCUACAACGAGCGGCAACCAGCUGCGCGGGCAGCAGCCCCAUCAAGAACCCAAAUCGCUGAAGGAAACCUGUUCCAGCCCUGGCUCCCCCUCACUUACUACUGAGGAAAUGCUCCAACUGGUCCAGCAAAACAUGAUAGCCGUGAGUGAAAUGGGGAAGAAGGUAGAUGCCCUCUUUAAAUUAGUAAAUCUCCUUAUUGCCUCAUCCAAUGGGCAAAUAAAUGUUAAUGAAAUUUGCCAUGCCUAAUGCCAGAAAUGUGAUACUAAAUCCCAGAAAUUACUCAGAUAUUAUGAUUAUUACUGAAAUUCGCCUACAUUGCAACUUUGACCCUCUUACCACCACCAAUAAUGAGGUCCACCUUAAUAGAUAUGUUUUAUACAGUGCCACCCACCCCACUAAAAGGAGUGGGGGUACAGCCGUUUUUAUAAAAUCUAACCUCAGACAUAUUGCUCUACAACCCAUAAUGGAAGACUGCAUUCAAAGUUGCCUGUUACUCAUCACAACUGCUAAUAGGGAACAGAUAGUCGUUGCUCCAGUCUACUUGCCACCCCAGCACAAAUGGUCAGAAGUUCACUUCAACAUGUUCUUCGCUCACAUGAAGAAAUUAUCGAAUAGCUCAAAAAUCAUCAUAUGCGGGGAUUGGAAUGCCAAAAACCCCUGGUGGGGCUGCGUUCGAUCCUGUGCAAGAGGCAGGAACCUCUUGCGUUCAAUUCAUUCAUAUAAUCAGAUAAACAUACUGGCAACUGGGGGUGCCACUCACUACCCUUUCGACAGUAGGAAAAUGCCAUCUGCAAUCGAUUUUGCGGUCUAUCUAGGUAUACCUAGUGAUAGGUUUCGCACUCACUCAGUAGUAGAUCUACAAUCUGACCAUCUGCCUAUCUUUAUUGAGCUGGCUGUAGAAGGACAUUUUGAAAAUGGUGCUCAAAACCGUCGACUCCUGCCACCUAGGGCGAAUGUUAAAAAAUUUCAACGCAUCCUAUCUGAUUCCAUUCACUUAAAUACAGAAAUUUCAUCAGGAAAUGAUAUCGAACUUGUUAUUGAUUCUCUAUAUAAUAAAAUCUACUGCGCGGCUGCGGCAGCGUCCCAAAAUAACUCGCGCCCAAACCUUCGACCAGGACAAAUCAUCCUUAGCCAGCGACUUCAACUGCAGCUAGACCAGAAAAACAUUAGCAAGCAAACCUUCAUGGUUAGGCCUACGCCAGAAAAUCGAAGAAUUUACCAACAAGCAAGUCGUACAUUUUCAAAAUCUGUGCAGGAAGAGAAAAUCAAAAUAAAUAACAAGAUCUUUAAUAAUAUCAAUCCUAAUGAUCAUUAUAGGAUGCAUAAGCUAUGGAGGAUAGUUAACCGGUUCA